AUGUCAAAUCUGGAAAAAUUAACUCUAAAUAUUUCUAUAUACGAUCAAAAUCGAGUCAUUGAUGUCAUUGGUGGUACUUAUGUUCAACGUGAUAUUUUGGAUUAUAUGCUACAACUUCAUUCCUUCACUUUCUAUAUUUGUACUUAUGUUGAUCCGGCUACUUUAUCCUACAAGUUAUCUAAUGCAGAUAUUCGACAAACAUUAACAAAUAUUGGACUACAACAUGUCAGUAGUAUGGUGAAUUAUUGUACUAGUAUUGUCAAUUAUGUUUAUGGUAUCCGGGCUGCAUGCUCAAUUUUCUCACUUCCUUUUGAAUUUGAUUACAUUCGAGAUCUUGGUAAUAACUUACCAAAUAUUGUAUUUAGCUAUGUUACUUAUUUACUUAUACACGAUGUUAUUCGAUUCAAACAUGAAUUCUUCAUGCGAAUUGCUCGAUCGUUUCCACUACUGAAACAUUUAUGUGUUUGGAAUAAAAAACCACAAGAAUUGGGUGGUCUUGUGACAUUUUCAUCUAACAAUUGUCAGUUCCAGUCAAUUAUUAAAUACCCCCAUUUGACUAUACUUGAUGUCAAAUUUGCACAUAGCGAUUAUGUUGAACAAUUUCUAAAUGAAACAAAGACACUUGUACCUUGUCUGUCGGAAUUGGAAGUCUUUGUUAAUCAUUUAAAAGCUGUGACAAAAGAUUUUACUAGAGAAGAUUUGUAUGCUAGAAUAAAAGUUUCAAAUAAAGAUGAAACAAUUCAUGUUGAAAUGAUUGGUGUUAUUCAAAGUAUAUCUGUAGAUUUUCUAUUAACGAAAAAAACGAAAUUAAUGAAAGUUUCUUUUCUUAAGAAGGGAGUUUGCACUGUACAUUUCCCAGAUAAAGAUCGUCAUGUUGUUAUUUUAAUUGAACAGAUGGAACUAGUGACACCAAAACAAAACGAUAAAGUUAUUCGAUAA